CCAGAGGCUGAAAGGCGAGAGCGAAGCUCAAGACCCGGACGCGGGAGAGGAAGAUGAGCAGCCCCAGGUCGGAGCCCCAGGCCCAGCGGACCCCGGGCCGCCCCCAGAGCGCGAGGAGCGGCCGCAGCCACAGCCGCCCCCUCCGGUAGCUGUGCGUUCCGCCGCGGGGACCUGCGCCCGCUCCACCUGCGCGCGCGCGCGGCUCACCCGGACGCCGAGCUCCCCUCGGCAGCGCUGAGGCGCGUCUCUGCAAGGAGGGGGUAAAUCAAGACCCACCCCGCCAGCCUCUCUUGCUCUCCAGGCUUUUGGAAAGCUUAGAUACUCGGACCUCGGUUCCGGGAAGCGGGCAGCCACCGAGACCCCGGUUCCGAGGGCGGCGGAGGUUGGACAAGGUUCUUACUGAGCGGGAAGAGACGAAUGGCCGAGGCUGGAGGUCAGGCCUCUGGACGUCUGUCGGAGGCCUGAGGUUUGGGGCUCCUGACCCCACCCUACAGAUUCCACCCCCAGAUCGAACCGUGACCUCCAAAGCUGUAUCCUGCUGACCACCAUCAUGUCCGUGGCCGGGGUCAACGCCUCCUCCUCCCCUCCGGAGAGACUGAACAGCCCGGUGACCAUUCCCGCAGUGAUGUUCAUCUUCGGGGUGGUGGGCAACCUGGUGGCCAUCGUGGUGCUGUGCAAAUCGCGCAAGGAGCAGAAGGAGACAACCUUCUACACUCUGGUGUGUGGGCUGGCGGUCACCGACCUGCUGGGCACAUUGCUGGUAAGCCCAGUGACCAUCGCCACGUACAUGAAGGGCCAGUGGCCCGGGGACCAGGCCCUGUGCGACUACAGCACCUUCAUCCUACUUUUCUUCGGCCUGUCGGGGCUCAGCAUCAUCUGUGCCAUGAGCAUUGAACGCUACCUGGCCAUCAACCACGCCUACUUCUACAGCCACUACGUGGACAAGCGGCUGGCCGGCCUCACGCUCUUCGCGGUCUAUGCCUCCAACGUGCUGUUCUGCGCCCUGCCCAACAUGGGCCUGGGCAGGUCCGAGCGCCAGUACCCCGGCACCUGGUGCUUCAUCGACUGGACCACCAACGUCACGGCCUACGCCGCCUUCUCCUACAUGUACGCCGGCUUCAGCUCCUUCCUCAUCCUCGCCACCGUCCUCUGCAACGUGCUGGUGUGCGGCGCGCUGCUCCGCAUGCACCGCCAGUUCAUGCGCCGCACGUCGCUGGGCACCGAGCAGCACCACGCGGCCGCCGCCGCAGCCGUGGCCUCGGCUGCCUGUCGGGGCCACGCGGCCGCCUCCCCGGCCCUGCAGCGCCUCGGCGAAUUUCGCCGCCGCAGGAGCUUCCGGCGCAUCGCGGGCGCCGAGAUCCAGAUGGUCAUCUUACUCAUCGCCACUUCCCUGGUGGUGCUCAUCUGCUCCAUUCCGCUCGUGGUGCGAGUGUUCAUCAACCAGUUAUAUCAGCCAAGUGUGGUGAAAGACAUCAGCAGAAACCCAGAUUUGCAGGCCAUCAGAAUUGCUUCUGUGAACCCCAUCCUGGACCCCUGGAUCUACAUCCUUCUUCGAAAGACCGUGCUCAGCAAAGCCAUAGAGAAGAUCAAGUGCCUCUUCUGCCGCAUUGGGGGUUCCGGCAGAGAUGGGUCAGCACAGCAUUGCUCGGAGAAUCGGAGGACAUCUUCUGCCAUGUCCAGCCACUCUCGCUCCUUCCUCUCCCGGGAACUGAAGGAGAUCAGCAGCACGUCUCAGACCCUUCUGUACCUGCCAGACCUAACUGAGAGCAGCCUGGGAGGCAGGAAUUUGCUUCCAGGUACACAUGGCAUGGGCCUGCCUCAAGCAGACACCACGUCUCUGAGAACUUUGCGAAUAUCAGAGACCUCAGAUUCCUCCCAGGGUCAGGACUCGGAAAGUGUCUUGUUGGUGGAUGAGGUUGGUGGGAGCAGCAGGGAGGAGCCUGCCUCUAAAGGAAACUCGCUGCAAGUCACAUUCCCCAGUGAAACGCUGAACUUAUCUGAAAAAUGUAUAUAGUAGCUAAAGCGGGGAGAAAGCACUGCUUUGGAAACUUCUGAAAUCCUGUGCAAUAGACAUACACGUGUUUAGCUGUACUCAGAAGGGCUGUCUUCGUCUGCGGCUAUGAGAGAACAUUCGAGUUUGUUGAGUACUCUCCACUGCUCCAGAUGAGACCCCUGAGUGCCCAGGCCUCAAGCACACUGGCUGUCACUGUGAUGUGACUCAAGAUUGCAGUUGCAACUUGACAGCUUUUUCUACUGGAUAGAAAGAUGGCACAAACUAUGCUAUUUUCGUAGCAUCAAGAGCUUUCUAUUUGGACAUACCGCAGGUCCAGAUACUGGAAGGGCUCUACCCCAAACUCUGAGGACUACCUUACAGCUGAUUUAAGUGUCUCACUAAAGCAUGAAAUGUGAAUUUUUAUUGUUGGAAAUAUAAUUUAAGGUAUUUAUGUUCUUCUCUGUGAGAAGGUUUAUUGUUAAUACAAGGUAUAAAAAAAUUAUGAUAUGCCCUCUCCUGCCAGUAUAACCAGCUAAUAUUGUCUGUGUUAUUUUUUUUCCAUAUCUAAGUUCAGGCCAACAUAUUGAAAACAAGGGUAAAAUAUCUAUAAAAUAGAUACAAAUUUUUCAAAAGUUUAGUAUUAUCUAAGAAAAAUAUUUAAGAUGUGAAAAUUAAAGUUUAAAAUAUAUUUUCCAAGCUAUAUAUAAUGAAAAAAUUAGAAACAUAAUAUUACAUUUAUUUAUCCAGAAAACUGUGACUUCAGGAGUACCUAACAUUGCUGGUAAAUAUUUUCAACCUCUGUCCCCACUAAUUAGUAUUUUUAAAGAUGUAAUAUACUUUUUUAAAGUCUCUAGCUACCCAUAAGUGAAAUGUAUAGUAUAAAAAGUCUAAGUAGCUUGUUCUGUCCUAAAGUGUUUGUAGUUUUACUUGCCGACAGAAUGUCUGCCAACAUCCUUUAAAACUUCAAGAGGAAGACAUCUUUACAGAAAGAGACGCAGAUAGCUCUCUGGUAUGGUUUCCACUUUGUUGUGUGUGUCAAGAGAUAAUGACAGCUUCGUGUAACUCCCAAUAAUAGUGUACCUGUGUUUGGAGGAGCCUCCCUGGAGAAAUAUUAAGCAUGUUUUGUUGCUUAAAGUGUCCUUGUGAAUUGCUUGGUUGUGAUUAAAUUCUGAGCCUGAUACUGAUAUGAUUUUAAAGAGUAGCUGAACUGACUGAAAUUAUUCUGGAGAUUACAAUAAAUAAUUGCAUUUAAUCUGAGUUCCAUAACCUCAAUUUUAGAAAACAUCAAUGGGUUUGGAUUUUUUUUUCUUACUGUUUUGUUUUUGGACACUUAUAUCAUUUUAAACUGAAGGGGGUUCUUUCUCACCUUUUGUUUGUUUGUUGUUUGAAGAUUGAAGAUACUUCUAUUAGAUUUUCAAGAAAAACUCCAAGGUAGCAGUUGUAAAUCUCACCAGCUGCCCAGAGGAAAAGGACAGAGGAGAGAAAGGGCCAUGCCAUCGAGUUAAGUGGGCAUGGAGGUCAGCCACAUGGCAGGCAAGCAGCCACAGGGUAGGAAGAGAAGCUUUAGAGAUAAAGGAAGCCCAAAGUACCAAAAAAGCAUACCCAGGCUUUGAAAGAGACAACAUCUGAAAGAGACAGAAAAGAAUAAAAAGGAGUUGGUUGUGGUGGCACACACAGGUAGGAUUCACUGAAGGAGGUGGAGGCAGGAGGAUCAUGAGUUUGAGGCCAGCCUGGCCUACACAUUUUCCACAGCCAGGAUACAAAUUGAAUAAAUUGUAAUAAAUGAUACUUAAAAAGCAUAAAAAGGAAAAGUCAUGCCUUUCUGAGAGAGACCUGCAAGAGGUGAGCAGACCCAAAGAAGUUCAUGGCAGCCAUGAAGCAACUGCAUAGACGGAGGGAAUUCAGGAAAAGCGUGCUAUCUCUAGGUGGAGAGUGGAGACAUCCCAUGUCUCCUGAGUUCAGCCCAAUCACCUGGCCAACAGGCCAUACCCUCAGGAAGUAGGGUCCACCUUUAAGCUAUGCUAAAGAGAUAAAAGAUUAAUAUUCCCUAAUGGGAUAAGUUGAAAAUUUUAACUAUUUUUUAACGAAUAAUGUUAUUAAAGUGUCAAACACAGUAUUAAGCCUUGAAUCUACUUAGUGGAAACUGGUAAUGAGAAACCAUAAUCCAAGUGACAGAUGAGUAUUCUGUGUCACCAGUUUAUGUCCCAGGUGGAAGAACCAAUGUUAUGCUUAACUAGCUACAUGCUCUUUAUCCAAACAAUUAUCAAAAACUAUUGACAUCAACACUUCCUAUUUGCUUUCUCUGAACCAGUGGUUCUAAGACACUAGCCUGAACAAGUCAUCUACAGAACCUACAUUUUUUUUCUCUACCUCCCUCUCCUCAUCCCUCUCUCCUCUCUCCAGAGUCUUGCUCUAUGGUUCAGGCUGGCCAGUGAUUCCUGAGGUGAGCUGAAAUUACAGAACUGCACUGGCACACCCUGGCAAGUCUCAGAUUCAGUGGGUGUGGGUAUCUACAUUUCUAAAGCUUUCCUAGGUGACACUGAUGCUGCCAGUUUUAGGAUGUACUUUAGCGAUAAACUCCAUGCCUGAGGUCAGGGUUUGCUUUUUAAAUGUUUAAAGAUAUUUUAGAUAGCAGCAGAAAAGCAAGACAUCAUCUUUGCAACCCUAAGGGUUCAGGGAUUCUUGAGGUAAGAGUGGCUCAAGAAAAGAUCAUGAAACUUAAACUUCGAAAAUGUUCUGUUACUAUUUGAAUACCUAAGAAACAAUCAUUUCAGAAAAUGUGUUGUAAAUAAGGAUUUUGUUUUGCCUCCAUGAACAUGAUCCAUAGAGAUCAUCCAUCCCUAGAUUUACAUGUAAAUGAACGUAUAUAUAACUUCACCUAUGUCCCCGGGGUAAGCAAAAACCUCACUCAUGUAUGAGCAUUGCUAAUCAGCAAGACACAUCUCAUUCAUGUUUACUCCAGGUUCACUAUCCAGAAAAAUGACUUGGCUUAAUCUUAUUUACUGAAAUAUUCACAUACUAUGACUUAUUCCUUAAAGUAUACAUCCUUUAAAAUGUUUUAGUAUGCUCAACUAAAAAAUGCAUUUAUCAAUGAUAUACAAUUCCCAAACAUUUUCAUCAACCCAAGAAAUCACAUGCCAUUUACAAUCAAUAUCCAUUGUUCUCAGCCCUAGUCCCUGACAACCAGUAUAUGCCUAUUGAUAUCUCUACUGUGAACAUUUUAUACAAUAAAUAAUUAAUAACUGC